ACAGAGAGUGGCAGUGCUUCUAUAUUCCAGAACAGGCAUCCGGAAGCGUCUGUUUGUAUCUGGAAAUGUCCCAGGCAUCAUGGGCAGCAGUAAUAGUGCUACCGUAGUGGUCCACAGCUUUUUUAGUACCUAACUACCAUGCGAGAGCAUCGACGAACUCGCGAACUAAUGACAAGCACAAGCGCUGGUGUUAUGCCUAAUGACCUAGCCCUCCCUCCACCCUCUCAAGACCUAGGCUAUCACCAGCCUCAAGGUCUGAGUUUUGCAUCUUCUGGGUCAUUCUCCUCGCUCGAAAAUUUCGAUUUCGAUACAGCAUUAUCCCAGGCACCGCAGACUGGGUGUCCAGCCGAACCCCCCAACAUAUUGUGGGACUCGUCCUUCCAGACACUUCCUAACUAUCCAUCACUCGAUAGUUCCAUCCACAUAUCCAUUCACCUCAUUACAUCUCAAAUCAACUCCCUGAAUACUCGUAUCAAUGAACUGGAGGUGGGAUAUAAAAAAGCGAUGGCUAUAAUUGAGGAGCUCACGGCCUGGUCCAAGAAGAUGGAAAAACACUGCAACGAGAUGAACAAUACUUUAUUGCGACUAUUUGGGAUGGUUCAAAAACCAGAGUUCCUCCGAGGUAUGCUUGAUGAAGCCUAUGAACCUCCCCCUAGAGAAAAGUGGGCUUAGGAAUAGGUGAUCGAUUCCAUCUCAUAGACUGCGUUAUCGCAUUCCAUGAUCACCCCCCAAUAGGAAACCCAGUUCGCUUCCACUUUUUCACUUUUUCUAUCGAAGGCAUGGAUGGCGGGGACUAGAUAUCGGAGGAGAUUGGUAGUUUCUUUAAGUAGUGACAACGUAACAGAGAAGCGUUUAGUUGCAAUUUCGAUUUCGUGGUGUAGGAUCAACGUCUCCUUUUCUAGUUUGUGUAAUUGUGAUACAUCUUCGGCAUGCUCCAUAUCCUCCAGAC